UCUUCAGAGUCUGGGCACGUGCACAGCUGCAGCGGGUGCCUGCAGGACCUAGUGAUGCUGUCGCUCUUGCUGCAGGAUGUGAAGCGGGGAGAGUGGCGCAGGGAAAACGGAGAGCACAAAGCUGCUGCUGCAGCACAUCAUGAAUCUUUGCAGAGGCAACUCGCAGCUGGAGCAGCAGAUCUUACAGGUAAAUCCGUUGCUUGAAGCUUUUGGGAAUGCCCAGACUGUGAUGAAUGACAACAGUAGCCGCUUUGGAAAAUACAUACAGCUGCGUUUCCAGAAGAAUACAGUGAAAGGCGCAAAGCUGAGUGAGUAUCUGUUGGAGAAGUCACGAGUGGUACGACAAGAUACUGGAGAGAGGAAUUUCCAUAUCUUCUACUACAUGUUUGCUGGGCUUUCGUCAGAGAAAAAGGAGAUGUAUGGACUGCUGGAUCCCUCCCUAUACAGGUACAUAAGUGGACGCUUUGGUACAGAAGAUGUAGCUCAGCAUUGGAAGCACAAAUAUCAAGAGGUUUGCAACGCCCUUGACAUGGUGGGCUUCCAAGAACAGGAGCAAGUGGACAUGCAGGCAAUAUUGGCUGGUGUCUUGUCCCUGGGCAACGUGACCUUCGAGCCUCAGGAGAACAGCGUGUCUGUGAAAGUGAGUGAAGCUUCCCGGGGAUGGCUGAAAGCUGCAGCGGGUCAGUUUGGCGUUCAAGAAGAUGAACUGUUGAAAUGUCUCAUUUGCACAAUGUCAGUGACGCGGGGGGAGCAGAUUCAGCGCUUUCACACCAAGCAGCAGGCAGAAGAUGCUCGAGACUCCAUUGCAAAGGUAGCGUAUGGACGAGUAUUUGGCUGGAUUGUUUCCAAGAUCAAUGAGCUGCUGGCUGAAAAUGUGGAUCCUGAGGUGGAGCUCAGGGAGAUAGGAAUUUUGGAUAUCUUUGGGUUUGAAAACUUUGCAGUGAAUCGUUUUGAACAACUUUGCAUAAACCUGGCCAACGAGCAGCUGCAGCACUUCUUCAACCAUCACAUCUUCCAGCUGGAGCAGGCUGCCUACAGAGAGGAAGAGCUGCCUUGGGAAACUAUCAAGUUCAACAAUAACGAGCCCAUUCUGGACCUGCUCUUGGCCAAACCACUUGGGCUGCUGUCUCUUCUGGAUGAGCAGAGUGCAUUCCCUCAGGCAACUGAUAAAACAUUUGUGGAUAAACUGAACAGCAGCUUUAAGGGGAAUUUGCACUUCCAGCCAGGUCGAGGCCGUGUUUUGGGCUUCAGCAUCAUUCACUAUGCUGGGAAUGUACAAUAUACUGCUGGUGGCUUUCUAGAGAAGAAUAGGGACACCUUGCCAGCCAAUGUUCGUGGACUCUUCAUCAACAGUGUCACCCCUUUGCUCAGUGUGCUCUUCACAGCCACUAUCUCCAGGACUGGGACACUAAUGCCUCAUGUGAAAGCCAAGGUCAUACCAGGGGCAGAUGACAAGUUCAACAGCACACGGAAGCAGUCCGUGGGAGCUCAGUUCCGGCAUUCCCUGAUGGUGCUCAUGGAGAGGAUGUAUUCUGCCAGCCCGCACUUUGUGCGCUGCAUAAAGCCCAACAGCCAGAAGGAGCCAGGCGUGGUGGACAGCCCGGUGGUGCUGCAGCAGCUCCGGUACAACGGACUGCUGGAGACCAUCCGCAUCCGACGAGAUGGUUUCUCCUGGAGACCCUCAUUUGAGGAGUUUGCUGAAAGAUAUGGAAUUCUUCUCGUUAAACCAGAUGUGUCUCUCACAAAAGAAAGCUGUUUGGAGAUACUGCAAAGUACAGACCUGACAGGCUGGAUAUGUGGAAAGUCACGACUCUUCUUUAAAUAUUGGCACAAGGAACAGCUGGAAAAGUGUGUGGAGAAACUGGAAAGAGCAGCGGUUGUCAUACAGAAAGUUUUCAGGGGAUUCAGCUGCAGGAAGAGGUACCUGAAACUGGUGGCUGAACUGAAAGCUCAGGCACUACGGCUGCAGGAGGAGGCAGAGAGAGAGAGAAUCCGGCAGCUGGAGGUGGAAGCAGAAGCCCGAAAAAAAGUCUCCCUGCCAGUUCCUCUGCCGCGAAAGAGACGCUCUCAACCUUCUCCUUGUCCUGCAGCUGAUAUGCCGCCGCAGCCCCCAGUGCCACGGCCACGCAGCAAGCUCACAGAGUCCACUCCUUUUGAUAAUUUCCUGCACCCUCCUGGGCCUCGCCCCAUCCUGGGGACAGAGGAACAGGCUGGAGAAGAGGCAAAAAUGAGGAAACUCAAGCGAGGAGCGACUCUCCGUUGGUUCAGAGAGACGCAGGCCCAGAAGGUCAUGCAGGACGAUGGAGCCUUUCCCAGCUGGCUGCAUGGGAUGAUCAGCAGGAGGGAAGCUGAGAACUUGCUGAUUGAUAAACCUUUGGGCUGCUUCCUUGUUCGCAUCAGCCAGAGCCGACCAGGCUACACGCUGACAUACAGGGGUGAGGGCCGCUGCAGGCACUACAUGAUUGAGAUGCAGCCCAAUGCCCGCUACGUCAUCCUGGGGGAGGACCGGGCCCACGCCUCGCUCACCCAGCUGGUUCGCUAUCACCAGACCGUGGGCAUCCAGCCCUUCAUGGAGACGCUGAGCGUUCCCUGCGGGCAGCAAAGCAGUGCCAGUUUGGACUAUGAAGACCUGGAGGGCCUCUCGCUGGCGGCCCCCGCAGCGGAGGAGCAGGCCCCUCGGCGGGGACAGAGCUGCCCCCCCGGACCCCCCGCCGGGAAGCCCCCCUUGCAGACGGGAGCAGCCUCCGUGCUCAAACGCGUGUGGUUCCGGAGGACCAAGAGGGGCCAAGAGCAGCAGAGCCCGGACGAGAGCGGAGCAAGGGCGAGCGCAGGAGAGGAGGGAGGCGGCCAGCGGGCGUUCCCUCGCCUGCACUCUUCCAUACGCCUGGCAAUGCAGGAAAUCCAGCAGGUGAGCAGGGAACGACUCCCGCUUUCCAGCGCCUUCCUCUGUCACAGCCUUGCCCCGCGGCCGCUGUGGCACUGGUGA